UGCGUACGGCAGAGCGCGGAUGUACAUAUGCUAAAAGGCCCCUGCAAAAACUGGACAGCAGAUUUGGACCCUCUUUCCCUUCUCCAGCACGCGCGCAAGCAGCUCUCACUUGGCCGCCACCGCCGCCGGAGAGAUGGAUUCCCGCGGAUUCGAUUCAGCCGGCCGCGUCUUCUCCAACGCCACAGAGAUGUGGGUGGAAGAGCUCGGCUCCACCGCCACCGCCACGACCUCCGCCGCCGCGGAAGCUGAAGCUGCCCCGACCACCGCCGCCGCCGCAGGCAACGGUGACGCCGGGGAGGAAGCGAGCGGCGACGGGAAGCGCAAGGAGUGGUACUCCAAGGCUAUCGCCUACUGGCAAGGCGUGGAGGCGUCGACGGAGGGGGUCCUGGGAGGUUACGGGUGCGUGAACGACGCGGACGUCAAGGGCAGCGACGCCUUCCUCCGCCCUCUCCUCGCCGAGCGGUUCGGCACCGCGAAGCGUCAUCUCGUUGCCCUUGAUUGUGGCUCGGGUAUUGGACGCGUUACAAAGAAUUUUCUUCUUAGGCAUUUCAAUGAGGUUGAUCUUGUCGAGCCAGUAUCUCAUUUUCUUGAAGCUGCACGGGAAAAUCUUACUGGAUGUAUGGACCAAGGAGAAGACUCACACAAGGCUGCCAACUUUUACUGUGUGCCACUUCAGGACUUUACUCCCGAGGAAGGAAGAUAUGAUGUGAUAUGGAUUCAGUGGUGCAUAGGGCAACUUCCUGAUGAUGAUUUCAUUUCAUUUUUUAAUCGUGCCAAGGUUGGGCUGAAACCUGAUGGAUUUUUUGUUCUGAAAGAGAACAUUGCAAGAAAUGGAUUUGUGUUAGACAAGGUGGAUAACAGUGUCACUAGAUCCGAUCCAUACUUUAGGGAGCUAUUUAAAAAGUGUGGAUUAUAUAUCCUCAGUGUUCAGGACCAGAAGGAGCUCCCAAAGGAACUAUUUGCUGUCAAAAUGUAUGCACUGGUGACCAGUCAACCAAAAAUGCAGAAUAGUGGAAAGAGAAGGCGACCUAAAAAUAAACCUCGUAUGAUCUGUUCUUGAAAAAUGCCCAUGUUAGGUGUGCUGAUGGGCCAACUCAUUUGUAUGGUCAUGUACUAUUAUUGGUUUGCGUCAAAGUUUCUAGGACAUCAGUUUUGCAGUCUCAGUUUUGUUUCAUAUACAUUUUUUUUUGUAUAAGCUCAAAUUUUCCUUGAGAUCAAUAUGUCCUCAAUCUCAACUGAUGUUGUAUCACCUGGUUACUGUUGAAAUGCAUGAUCUCUGUUGAGUGCAUGUUCACAUUAUUCGGAGAGGAAUAUGAUGAAGUUUUGAA